GCGGCCUUCAGUUCAACCUGAGACCCGCAAACGCCAACACGCUUUCGCGACGCCCACUCUCGCAUCGAACCGCCGAGGCACAACACGCGAAGUGAACACUUGUGAGCGAGUUGCGCGCCCUUUCUCUCACGCAGUGUGAUCGUGCUUCGGUACGUGAAUGCAAAACCGGACUACUCUCCUGACACAAGACACCAACGAGGAAUCCGCAGCGGUUUGGACCUCUUAUUUUUUUGUGCAGCUGCUGAGGGCUGGCCUGCCACUCGCCCGGACCCCGCCACGCGCCCGCGGGGCUACAACAGCGCUACCGUAAACAGCAACGACGUAGGCAAAAAGAGGUAACACGGCAUGACUGCUACGCACGGUGGCGGACGUGAAGAUGACCGUCCGGACAAGGAUUCUGUAUACACUAUCAAAACUGGCUUCAAAAACGACGGCUACCAACAUGAUCGCGAUUCGAACGACGACAUCGUCAAACCCCCGCCUUUGCCCACCGAGGAAGAUAAUUACCCGACUGGCAAAGUUAAAUUAUCCAGAAAUGAAAAAUGGAGAAUACUAAAGAACGUGGCCGCAGUGAGUGCCGCGUUUAUGGUGCAAUUCACAGCGUUCCAGGGAACAGCAAAUCUGCAGUCGUCGAUAAAUGCCGCUGACGGCCUCGGCACUGUCUCCUUGAGCUCCAUCUACGCUGCCCUCGUCGUAUCCUGCAUAUUUGUUCCAACUUUCCUGAUCAAGAGGCUAACAGUAAAGUGGACACUAUGCUUGUCCAUGAUGUGCUAUGCGCCGUACAUUGGCGCGCAGUUCUACCCGGCAUUCUACACGCUGGUGCCUGCCGGAGUGGUGGUGGGCCUUGGCGCUGCGCCGAUGUGGACCUCUAAAGCGACAUACCUCACCCAAGCGGGUAGCGUCUACGCCAAAUUGACAGACCAAGCCGUCGAUGGAAUUAUCGUACGAUUCUUCGGCUUCUUCUUUCUUGCUUGGCAAACGGCUGAGCUAUGGGGAAACUUGAUCUCAAGUUUAGUGUUUUCAUCUGGAGUGCACAGCGGGAACACUUCGACGGAGAACACGAGCAAGACGCUGCUGACGUGUGGCGCCAACUUCUGCAUGAUCGGUGGCGGACACCAUGACAACCAGAACUUGCACCGGCCACCGGACAGCGAGAUCUACGAGAUCAGCGCCAUCUACCUCGCCUGCGUGUUCGUCGCAGUACUAAUGGUUGCUUUGCUCGUUGAUCCCCUUUCCAGAUACGGUGAAAAGCAGAGGAAAUCUGACCCGUCCAAAGAAUUAACCGGAAUCCAGCUGCUUUCGGCUACAGCUUACCAGCUUAAGAAGCCGAACCAGCAACUACUUAUCCCGAUCACUUUAUGGAUCGGAAUGGAACAGGCGUUCAUUGGAGCCGAUUACACUCAGGCAUACGUCUCGUGCGCUCUGGGCAUUCGUUCCAUCGGUUACGUCAUGAUCUGCUUCGGGGUUGUAAAUGCGAUAUGCUCGCUUGUGUUCGGUUCGGCCAUGAAGUACAUCGGCAGGUUCCCGAUUCUGGUGAUGGGAGCCGCCUUGCACCUCGGCCUUAUCGUAUGGCUGUUAAUCUGGCGACCAAAUCCGGAUUCGCCGACAGUCUUCUUCGUGAUCUCCGGACUAUGGGGCGUUGGCGAUGCCGUCUGGCAGACACAAGUAAACGGCCUGUAUGGAGUACUGUUCAGACGCAACAAAGAGGCUGCGUUCUCCAACUUCCGUCUUUGGGAAAGCGCGGGCUUCGUUGUCGCGUACGCCUACUCCACACACCUCUGUGCCAGAAUGAAGCUUUACGUGAUGAUGGUGGUGUUGCUUAUCGGCGUGGCUGGCUACAUUGUAGUUGAAAUUCUGCAUAAGAGAAAGGCUCGUCGUAUGAAGGCCAUUGCGGAGGAUCCAGCCAUCGCCGCCGAAGCCGCAAAAGAACCGCUAGAAGAAGAUGAUGAAAAGGAUGAAAUUGACGACGAAAUUGUCAUCACACACUUGUAGAGAGACUGCAGCACCGACUGCUGGUGUCGUCGAGUGAGUCCGAAACGAGCCCUGCACACGACGCCCAGUGCACCGCGCACGAAAUGAUGCGCGUGCGCCGCGCCGCCACCUACAAAAAUAUAUUUUGCCAUAACAAACCCUUUCGUAUGCAGGUAGGUACAAAAUAAAAUCCUGACUGAAAAAAAAAUAUUAUUAUAUCAAAUGACAUUAAUUAUAUGAAUUUAUAAUAAAUAAGAAAUUUAUUUUACACGCUGUUUGUACAUGUUAGACAUGAAUAAAAUUAUCGUGUUUAAAUUUUAUUGUUAAAUUAUUUUAUGUAUUAUCUCUUUUACAGUUUAUUUAUUAAAUAAUAAGCUCAUGAAAAGUGAUAAUAAUAUAAUCCACAGAUCAGUUUUAUUAUUUAUUUUAUUUUGCUUUCCGUUUACAGUUAGAUACAAAUAUUCAGUCAAAGGUUUUUAUAUAUUGUUAGUGCCUUACUAAUAAACGUUGUAUAUGCCGUGUCGAACUUAUACUGGCUUUAAGUACAAAUCUAUCGGUUUGUGUCGCCUCGUAAGUCCCGUGUCCAGGUGCCUAUCUUGUAGCACCAAAAAAAAGUACUCGAUUGCAAACAAUUCGUACUUAAAGGGGUGGACACCUAAGAAAAUGGUUCUUAGGGAAGGUAUACAAAUCCGGCAUUUAAUUUUCAAAAUUGGACUUAUUUGUUACGCCCGUACUACAAAAUAUGCCGCAACUAGGCCGUGGCCUAUUGACAAAUCCGCCACUGCGUAUAUGUCUGUCAUAGUUAUUUAAAUAUCAAUUCUUUUGAGUGAAUGUAACAAACACUUGUUUGCACUUUGUAUAGGAAUUACGUUAUUUGAAAUAAAUGAUAUUCUAUACAAUAUCUUACGUUGUUUACUCUGACGCUAAAAUCCAUUCAGCAGGGUGAGAUAAAACACCAAAUAACUAUUCUACAUGCGUACAAUGUUUAUUAGUUAGGCGGUUAGUGUUUAAGUAUAUUUAUAAAGGCUAGCAAUAUAUAAAGAUAUAGUUUUAUAUAUUUAAAGAUAAUCUUUAUUCUUCUGCUUUGUAUUUUUAUCUCUACACUCAUCUUAUUCCCCGCUGUUUGAAUUGCUUCUCGCACCAUCUUUGCGCUAUUCAUAUAGGUCGGAAGUUUAAGUUGCGCGGUACGGCACCAGCUUGGUCUAAAAUUAAUUGUUCUUAGAUUCUCAUAUUCUUAUAUCUGCUUGGUAAUUAAGUGUGUAAGUGUUUGAUGUGAAGGCCAUGAACCCCUAGCAUCAAACGUACGUCGCGUAGGUUGCCAGUGUGCGCACUACCGUGAGUUUUGCAAUCGACGCGUAUGUCCAUUAUAUCACAACUUAAGUUUCGCUCGUUACCUUAUUUAUGCUUCAAUAUAUAUUUCGUUCACUGUUACAUCCUCAUUUAUGCGACGCGUACGUCGAAACCUUCAACAAAAUACACAUUCACAGGCAACAUAUAAAAUUCGCCAGAUUUAUAUGUGUAUUGUGUUAUUGUGUGAAAGACGACAGAAACAUAGUUGGAACUCCACGUCGAGUGCACAGGCGCAAAAGCGCAUCAUGUUAUGUUCUAUGAAUGAAUAAUACCAUCUGUAUUUGUUAUUUAUUCAUUCGUCAUUACGCGCUUUGUAUAAUAUUUUGACUCAAUAAAGUAGUACUGUUUGACUCUUUGUUUUUAUUGUAACUAGAAUAUAUUCUACUAUAGUUGGUUCGUGCAAAAUAGAAAGUUGUGACAUGUUGACUAUAUUAAUAUUUGAAAUGAUAAUGCUAGAAUUUUAUCAGUACUUCUCUUCUGAACUUACACAAGUAUUAUCGCAUUUGACUUUACAAGUUCACCAGUUCUGCGUUAAAUUAGAUUUUCGACAUAUUUUUUUUAUUGAAUAAUUCAAAUAAUAAACAGGCAUUAGAUGCUGUUUGCUGGCAUAAACAAUUCUAGCAUUAUCUAUUACAGUUGAUUUUAUCUCCCAUACUGUUUUUAUGUUCAGUUGCGUUUCAAUAAUAGUUACGUAAGAAAAUUUGAAUAAUUGUCUUCCUAUUUCGAUUCGAAACGUAAUGGUAGAGAAUUAUUCCUAUUUAUUUUAUUAUUUAUUUUUAUUGAAAAUCCAAAAUUUUAUAAGAUUGUGUAGUAAAUAUUUUAUGUUAUUAUAAUUAUAAUAUUUCAUGAUAAAACUCAUUUUGGAUUUUUAUGCGAGGCGUGCGCAUUAGGAACGCGAAAAGGCUGCUCAAUUUUAAUAAAAUGAGUGUAAUGUUUUGAAUAUUUUAUUAACUGUUAUAAGCCGACAGAGGGCACCAGAAUCGAAUUUUAAACUUUUAUAAAUAAAGUUUUUUUAUAAAUUAUUAUUGUACCUACUAUUCAUAAUAAUGUUUUAAAAACUAACAAAUUCAACGCUUUCACUGUAUAAAAACAAUAAGUUCAUAUUUUGAAAUUUAAUGCCGUCUGUCGAAUUCGCAAGUUAUAUAAAUAUCUGGUUUUAUAAUACUUUUUAUCUACCUAGGUAUAUGUCGCGAUCAGAUUACAAAAACCGUAAUUUUAACGUCUAUACAAAUAUGUUUGCAAAAAAUAGACUAGCCACAGUAUAUCUGAUUCAUUUUGUAUAAUGCCUAGCCGUUCGUUGCAAAUGUCAAAUGCAGAAAUUAUAAUCUGACAGCGACAUAGACAAUAAAUUAAAGUUAAAACUUAAACAAUAAUGAUAUAGUGUAUAAUAAUUUACUAAAAUGUAGUAACAUAUUAUGUGUAUUGUAAAAUUAAAGCAUUUUUGGAAUGUAUUUUAAUAUGGAACUGUUGCGAUCACGGUAGCAAAUUUAUAAGUAAUAUAAGGUAUCUAGAUCAAAUAAAUUAAUUUUAUUAUAGUUUUAGGAAUUUUAUAAAUACGUAGUUGAAUAGGUAUUAGCAAACGCGACGACAGAUACAUUUAAAAUUGUGAUGUCUUGUGGUACGCAACUGUGGAUUCCAUCAAUAUAUUAUGUUCCAAGGAGGCACAAUUUUAAACGCAUCGUGCCUCAUUAUUUUAUGUAUGUGUAAAAUAACAUGGCUGCCUGCCUGUACAUCUUUAUUAUUAAGGUUGCUUUAGUAUUGUUAGAACGCAAUAUUUUUAUUGUCAUCAACUUAUGUUUUAUGCGUGGAAGCCAAAAUUGUUUGCAAAA